UGUCUUUUCACUCUCCCUUAUCCCGAAGAAGCAACGUUUUCGGCCCGAGCAAACUGAUCACGCGCUUUCGUUCCUCAAGAACGUCGCCAAGCUCAUUCAGCGCGUUGGCUGCACGCAACACCCCCCAAACAUUAAGGGGCCUUCAGGGAGAUCCAGCUGUGCUUCUGGUCUUCUGAUGCCGAGAUCGGACAUGUCCUGUUCAUCUCGCCGCUUCGGCACGGCCGCACCGGUCCUGCUGCUGCCGAUCGUGCUGGUUCUGGUGCUGGCGAUGUCGCCUGCGCGGAGAAGCAUGGCAUGCGCCCAUGCACGGCCGUCCACACCGUGGCCGCCAUACGGCAUGCCGCACCGCCCUCUGCGAUGGGGUUACCUGGCCUACGGAUCGUCAUUUCUGUUGUGCGACAACUGGCUCGGCCGUCACUACCGGCGGCGAAACAAGCUCGGGGACUACCCGUACUGCGCUCACGGGUCCAGAGGACUGUACAACCUGCGACCCAAGCCUUCGCUGCACGACCUCAUAUACGGCCGCCACAAGGGACCAGCGACGGACACGGACGAUUAAGCGGCCGUGCUUACAGGAGUUCGUGUACACAACAAGUGGAAGCUUCGUCACUGUUUCGGGAACCUGCUUCAAACGUUCAGUAUACAAGAGUGGAAAGAAGUGGCUCGCCCCAAGUGCGCGGACUCCCAAGUUUGGGUCACGUUCCUCGAAAACGUCAGCGGGAAAGCAUUCAAUGAUCUUGCUCAGAUGACCGGAGCGCCCAGACUAUAAAGUUGCUUAUGUAAACAUUUUUUCUUUCCUGUGGGCGCUUGUUUGUUCAUUGCUGCAUGCCUGAAAGUGCAGCAAUGCAGUGUCAGCGUUGAAUGUUAUCCUUUUGGUGGAGCAACAGCUAGAUGGAAACAGCUGCUUGUAUCUACAGAAACAAUUUUCUUCUUUAAUCUUUUUAGUUCAAAAGGAAUGUGACAUAGAUAAUGUGUUACAGAUCUGCUACAUAUGACAUAUCCAAAAGGGUCUAAGUUUGUAAAAUGGUGACUCCUCAGAAAACGCUGUCCUCAAAAACUAAUAAUAACAAUAAGUCCCCAGGUCACUGUCAUGGCAUCCACUAAUAAGAUUCGAUCUCACCGGCCCUGUCACAGUCGCAGCGAAUGUUAACCUGGACAAAAACUGGUUCAAAACUGGUUACAAAAACUGGUUCAGGUUAUCACCGCAAUCAGUCCCGCUAUACAUAUAAGGAAUAAUAAAUUAAUGCCAUACUUUGUUAUUGUUGUUCAGUCCCGUGAUGUCUCGAAAUAAACAAAAUAGGAGAAAAUUUGUAACCUUCAAAACGUGUAUACUGUGACAAGGUUACUCGAUAUAACGAAAGUUACUGCAUGCGUCCUCACCUUGCAGAUGCCAUAUAUUAUGCUAAAUGUAUAAGAAAAUUUUUCAUUUUUAACUGCCUCGUUUCGUGAGUGCUUGUUUUAUGAAAUAAGCGUGUUUUUUUUUUUCUCUAUGUAAUACUAUCGGGCAUCAAGUCAAAGCGCUUACUUUGUUUGUAAUGCUAAAAAAUUAUUAACUUCACAUAUUCGUUUAUUCAAGUUCUGAAGCGCAUGCAUUUUUCAAAUAAUUAAUUGCAUAAAUAAAUAUCAAAACCAAAAUGAAUGAUUCCUUUGUUUAUCAUUGUUACAAAAUUCAGUUUCGAUUAGCCUGACAAUCACUUCGGUGUAAUACUUUUGUGACUGCAUUUUCCGCGAAGUUCAUCGUCUCAUCAUUUAACAAUUCCAUCUUAAGAAGAGUAUUUAGCUCGGGAGCCCAUACGUAUACAUACAUGGGAAUGGAGAAAUUGUUUUUAUUGACAACCACUGCACCAAAUAGAUGAGGUUUGUUGCAAUAAAAACAAAGUUUAAUAUCUAUAAUGAGUCGGAAAGCAGAUCUGCUAUUUAGGCCAUCAACGUCUUUACAAAAUUUUUGGCAAUGGGACGAUUAAAAAAAAACAAUUAUCAAGUUACGAACUCUAACUCAGCAAUGAAAAGCGACAUCACAUUUCUGUAAACUGUACCUAAUAGUUCCAUUUUAAAGUUCUUUUUAAAUUGUGCAGGACCGGUGUGAAAUUCAUGACAUGUUGCAAAGAGCCAAUGGAAAGGAUGGAUAAAUGAAAGAACUGUCUUCAGGUGUGCCCAGCGUUUCCUGGAAGGCCACAGCGACUCCAAGGACGAUCAGGACACCCAUCCACCACGUGUGAAGAUGAAAAUAUCGAUCGCAUGCCUUCUCUGGUGCUCAGUGGCCGCCGAAUGACUGCUUGAACGAUAUCAGAAGCACUUGGUUUGAGAAAAUUUGUUGUUCACCGCAUUUCUACAGCAAAUUUUGAAAUCAAGAAUAUUCGCCCCACAAUGAUGCUGAGGCUGGUUGGUGACUCCUGAGCAAACGUUGCGACAAAAAGAAUGUUGAGUUGAUUGGAAAACUUCAGAGGACAACGAUGAAUUUUUGCAAAGGGUCGUUGCAGGCGACGAAACUUGGAUUUGUGAAUGCGACUACGAACGUAAGUAGGAGACGAAGGAGUGGAAAAAGAAAGAUGAGCCAAGGCUAAAAAAAAAAGCGUCGAAGAACAAAGCAAAAAUCAGUCAUGUUGACCGUGUUUUUCGACUGCGAUGGAAUUGCGCACAUCGACAUUGUACCUUAAGGUCAGGCGGUCGAUUCACCUUUCUAGCUGGAGGUUUGGAGGCAUCUGAGAGCAUGUUAGUGCCGCGUACGACCAACUUUGUCGAAACAGGGACACUGAGUUUUGCCCUGCGUGCUGGUCAUUAAUACAGCCUGAGUUUUUGGCACGCAAUUUCAUCACUGCGCGGAACCACUCUCCCUACUCGCCGGAUUUAACCCCCCUACGGCGUUUUCUUUCUUUCUUUUUCCUGUCCCCCAACCACAACUUGGUGCUUCGGAGGUGGCGUAAUCACCGCUGAAGCGUUGGACAGAAGAUUCGGGUUCUUCUAAUAAUGGAAGAAGACCUGGACCCUGCGUAUUGUGCCUAAUGGAGAAUAUUUCGGAGGGGAUCACAUUAAUGUAUCUUAAAGUUUGUGAAACAAUUUUUUUUAAACUUACUACACGAAUUUCUGGAGCAGACCUCGUAAACCCUUCUUAUACAUACUGCUGAUUUCUUAGUAGGACUUCUGAGAAACCCUCGUGAAUAUUCUAGCGAUUUCACGUAAGCUGUAAAUUCAUGUAUCCAAUUUAUUCGCCUUAGGUGUCCAAACAGAUGCACUUUAAAGAACCUCGAUAUCUCCUUUUGGUGCAUGGUUAGAGAUUUGUAAACUUCAUGCUGCAAUUUCUUUUUCAACACCUUGUUCGAGAUUCCUGUAAAAACUUGCGAGCCUUAAAUAAAAAUUAUGUUGUCUAGAGCCAC